AUGUCAAGUGUGACCCAAAACCUCGCCACACCCACUUCCGAUUGGACCUCGGGCGAGCUCAUCUCGUUCAACAUCCACAUCGAGGACGUGGGCGCCGCUGCUAUUCUCAAUAGGAACAUGGAGGAUCUGGAGGGUGGGCCUGUUCCGCCUUUGGUACCCAAGGAGAUUUGGGAGAAUGCGUCGUGUCCGUCUUGGGAGAAUGGCAAGGAUGCGGAGGAUGGCGAGAAUGCGGAGGAUGUGAGGAAAUUCUUUCGGUAUUUGGAGUUUAUCGAGAACGGGAAGGGGAGGGAUGGGGGUGGGGGUGGUGGUGGGACGCCGACGGGAACGUGGUCUUCCACUACGAACCGCGUCUUGGAUCUCAUGUCUUUUCUUUUGGGUUUGAUGGAGUUUGAUCAAAGUCGUUCGCAGAGUAGUGGGUAUUCACAGAGCCAUGGUGGUGGAAGGAGGCAGAUACAGAUACAGAGGCGCAGAGACGGUGGUGGUGAGGGAGGAGGAGGAGGACUUGGCGGAGGGACUGGAGGAGGAGGAGGGAGUGGUGGACGCGCCAUCCUCCGCGGAGUCGAAACGACCCUCCCGAUGCCCGGUGGAAACGUCAAAGCCAAACUAAACCUAGUCGUCGCGGAUAAACACCAGAUAUACUUAAUCGUCUACGACUGUCGGUCCUCCUUCCUAAGCUCCAACCCCGAACCCCGGCUAAUAGCCCAAUCCAUCGCCGCCUUCGCCCAAACCAACGUCCGGCGCUCCAACGCCGGCCUCCCUCCCUACCCAGGAUUGUACAUCCCCGCCAUAAUCAUGUACGCCUCCGCGCCCGUCUUCUAUCGCGUACCUGUGACGAGUGGGUUUGUGGAUGCGAUGAGGGGUGGGGGGUAUCCGGGGAGGAUGAGGGUGAUGAGGUUUGUGCCUCCGUUGGGUGGUGGGGGUGGGGGUGGGUUGGGGGGAAGAGAGGGUGGAGGAGGUGGGGGUGGAGGGGUUGGAGGGAAUGGAGGGGGAAGGGUGGAGAGGUAUAAAGAGCUGGGUAUGGUAGAUUUGGAGACGAGGAAGGUUAUUUUACGGUGUUUGCAGGCGUUUAGGAAUGUAGUUAUUAUGUGA